CUCUGGGGGAUUCCGUAUAUUCCGUUGGAAUUGACGGCGUCCCUCCGAUUAUGGACGCAGUAAUCGCCCAGUAGAUAAAAUGGCGUGAAUUGCCCAAACGACCAGUCCGCCUCUUCUCCUUCGCAGGGCGAUAACGCGAAGAGAGGAAUCGGGGAGGCGAUUUCUAGGGUUCCUCCCCCCGGCAUUGUUCCGCAUAAUCUAAAGCAUCAAAAUGGUUGCACAGGAGUUCACUGUCGACUUGAAUAAGCCUCUCGUUUUUCAGGUGGGUCAUCUCGGAGAAGCUUACCAAGAAUGGGUUCACCAGCCUAUAGUUAGCAAGGAAGGCCCACGAUUUUUUGCAAAUGACUUAUUGGAGUUCUUAACUCGAACAGUGUGGUGGGCGGUUCCAGUGAUAUGGCUGCCAGUUGUUGGUUGGUGUCUAACCAAGUCAAUCCAAAUGGGCAAUACACCCCCUCAGUUAGCUCUGAUGGUUGCGACUGGGAUAUUUCUGUGGACCUUGAUCGAGUAUACUUUGCAUCGCUUCCUUUUCCACAUCAAAACUGAGAGCUAUUGGGGAAACACUGCGCAUUACCUUCUUCAUGGUUGCCAUCACAAGCAUCCCAUGGAUGGUUUGCGGCUAGUUUUCCCCCCUGCUGCCACAGCUAUUUUAUGUGUACCAUUCUGGAAUGUGGUUAAGUUAAUAGCCACUCCAUCAACCACUCCUGCAUUGUUCGGAGGUGGCCUGUUCGGUUAUGUUAUGUAUGACUGCACUCACUACUACCUGCACCAUGGACAACCAUCCAAAGAUCCAGCUAAAAAUCUGAAGCGGUACCAUCUGAACCAUCACUUCAGAAUUCAAAACAAGGGGUUUGGAAUAACUUCUUCACUCUGGGAUAUUGUCUUUGGCACAUUGCCCCCAACAAGAUCCUCUUCUCAAAGCGGUUGAUACUUAUGCAUUGUGGAAAAAGAAUAUGUAAAUUUGAGAUUUCCUUGGUAUUCUAGUCUGCUGGUGGUUUUAUUUGCUGCUUCUCCAAAUGAUCUUAUCAUGGAUGUUCCUGUUCAUUCCGAGAAUAGUGACAUCUAUGCAAUCGAGACUUGUGUGAUCAAUCCGUUCAUCUAUAUUAAGUUUGCUUGUAGGUUCUCAUGAGUCAACAGCUCAGUCAUGUUUUAGAUUGUCCUAUUUAUCAUCUGUACAAAAGAUCCAUUGUAGUUUGAAACUUUCUAUUAGCCAUUCUAUGAGUGGUUGAUUCUCUGUGUGAUCUUGGAGACAAGACCUUUUCAACCGUGAUAGUGUUCUUGAAUUGCUUCUAUUAA